AUGAAGAAACAUAGACAGACAAAAGGAAAAGCGCGCGUCUGCCGGAGAACGCCGCGCGUUGAACGACGCAUGAUCAGUUCCGUCCUGAAAAGCGAACGCCUGUUAUCGAAGGGCCUGGUGGUCAUCUCAAGCGAUGAGACUCGAUUCAGCGGAAAUAGUAGACCUGAAUACGGGUACCCACAGAAGAGCAGACCGCACAUCCUUAAAAGUGCCCAGCGAGCAUUCCGUCAAAAUCAGUCCCAGCGGCGAUUCAAUCUUGUAGAUGGGUGCAAAUCACCAAACGGGCAGGAUUCUUUGAGAUCGCAUCUUUCAUUGAAUCACCUUGUCGUCGCUCUUUCCCUUAUUCUUCUGUUCUGCUGCCAGAUAACUUUCCAACAUUCAACUGCGGCUGCAGAACACGCAGCUGAGCUCGGCAACGAGCUGCUCUUCGUGUCAACUGCUUCUCCCUGGUCCAAUCCAGUCGAAGCCGUCUUCGCUGGUGUCAAACGCCAUUUAUACGCUAACCGAUCAACAGAUAAGUCGUUCUCUACCCUCACCAGCCCUGUAGUGCUGUUUAUCUCCACUGUUCUUGCGCAGGCGGGAGCGGAAAGACCCGCUCCACACUGUGGGCAUACUCAUCACGUUGAGAGUGAAGAAAGGCACUGGAGUAUUGAUAGGCACAAACGCGCAUCGAAGAGGCGAGCUUUGGAAACACCGUCCAUCCAGUACGUCCGAACCCCGAGGGAAGACACAAGUACAGAGUAUACCAACCAAAACAAUACAUCCCAGCCAAGUAGAGGAGAGGGCGAAGGAGCUGGUCUCUGUAACCAAGCACGAAGCAUUCGAGCAACACCGCGAGUAGCAUUGGCAGAACUGGUUCAAGGUCUCUCGUUUACAGUGACGAUGGAGACAGACACGAUAUGCAUCUGCUUGCACUGGGUGAACCAUUCUCCUGAAAUGAGCAAAUCGAUUCAUGUUCAAAUGCUCCCGGUACAUGAAGACGGAGACUUGUCGAUGAGCGUAGAUUCCGGCUAA